AGUAUCUCGGGCAGCAGCGACGAGUGGACCAGCUGAUGGUAGCUCUGCGCAAAGAUCUCCUCGUCCGUCGGGCCGACGCGAUCAGCAAACUCCAGUAUCUCCUCGCGGUACAGCUUCUCCGUGUCGAGCGCCAGGCCAUCCACGUCGGGCGACCCGUGGCGAAAUUUGUCCAGCAGCAGCUCGUCCCGCUCAUCGUAGAAGCUUUGAUUUUCUCGCUCGACAAAUGCUUGCAGCGUCGGCAGGAGCUCCCGGUCCGCCUUCAGAAACUUCAUGAUUGGAUCCAUCCGCACGGCCACGAUCUGGUGGCUCAGCUCGGCCACGCUGCCCUUGUACGGUAUCUCGAUCGCGUACACCAGCUUGGCCGGCUUAUCGUCCACGUUCGUGUACUCAUAGUGAAAGUCCACCACUUUGCUCGGUUCCAGCUCCAUCGGCAGGCUGCCCUCUUUUCUGUGCUUGCUACGCCUACUGUACUGCUGCCGUGCUUGGUGGGCCUUUGUUUACGUUUCACACCCGGAUGACGUUUGCCAGGGCUGGUGUGAAAGCUGUGCCGCUUAUCAGCCGCACAGGGUUGGGGUUUGUUGGAGGGUAUUUAAAAAAAAGCAGUUUUCCUCGCAAUAAUGCGAAAAUGUUAAUCAAUUCCUUCUCUAACACGUUGAGAGGAUCGAAGUACGCGAAAAAAGAUUAAAGCGCUCAAUAUAGUUUUCACUCUUUGUGGCUGUGAGUUUUGCUCCUGCACACAAUGUUGUUAUCGCUCCACGUGCCUGUGUGUUGGUGUUGCUAUUGAACGCGCGUUUGCUCUCGGUUUAGCAAACGCUCUAGCAACAUCAAUACGCCGGCCAAAACACACGGAGAGGCAAGCAAUGGACAUUUGUGAGAAAAUCUCCGGGUUUUUUUUUCGCAUGCAGAAAAUGUUGCUGCAAAACGAAGAGAGCCGGCUUGUGGCAAGAGGUGCAAUGCUUACACGCCCUUACAUGUGUGUUUGUAUCCCCCCCCCACCUCUCUCACACACAAACAGUCCCAGACCCACUUGAAUCGGAUGGAGCGGUGGAGCGGCACACAGCACAGUUACACAAUUGCGAACGGAAGAGCAAAAGGGUCGGACGAGAAAGUGCAAAAAGCGAAACGCGACUGCCAACAUAGGACCGCCGAGUUUUCGCUUUGGGACAGACAGCCCCGGUUCAUUCAGUUAUCUCCCGUCGACGUUGGUGGUUGGCACGAUUCGUCCCUUGUCCCUCCCGCCGUGUCCAAAGUGGUGCUUCCAGUAGCCUGUAAGUGCUUCGCAAGUGUGCAACUACGUUCCAGCAAUUACUACCACCAGCACCACCAACUGCAACGAUGAGCAUCUUCGCCUCGGUCGAGCUGGGCCCUCCCGUGGAGGUGUUUGCCCUUAAUAAGGCCUGCAACGACGACCCCAAUCCGAACAAGGUUAAUCUUGGCGUAGGAGCCUAUCGCACGAACGAGGGCAAACCUUGGAUUCUGCCGGUGGUGAAGAAGGCUGAGGCCGCUAUCGUCGCCGAUGGAUCGCUCAACCACGAGUACCUGCCGGUGCUCGGUAUGGACAGUAUCACGAAUGCGGCCAGCACGCUGCUGCUAGGCGACGGUAGCGAGGCGCUCGCGAGCAAGCGGGCGUUCGGCGUGCAGUGCCUGUCCGGUACCGGGGCCCUCCGGCUGGGGGCCGAAUUUUUGGCCCGCAUACUGCACCGCACCGUCUUCUACUACUCCGACCCGACGUGGGAAAACCACCACAAGCUGUUCCUGUACGCGGGCUUCACGGAGCCGCGCACCUACCGGUACUGGCACCAGGAGACGCGGGCCAUCGACUUUGCCGGCAUGCUGGAGGAUCUGGAGCAGGCGCCCGAGGGGGCGGUCGUUAUUCUGCACGCCUGCGCCCACAACCCGACCGGCAUCGAUCCGACCGAGGACCAGUGGAAGCAGAUCGCGGACGUGUGCGAGAAGCGCAAGCUGUUCCCGUUCUUCGACUCCGCCUACCAGGGCUUUGCGAGCGGCGACCCGAACAAGGACGCGUUCGCCGUGCGCUAUUUCGUGAGCCGCGGAUUUGAGCUGUUCUGUGCGCAAAGCUUUGCCAAGAAUUUUGGCCUCUACAACGAACGUAUCGGUAAUUUGACGGUCGUGCAGAAGGAGGCCAGCACCAGUGCGGCCGUCGCGUCGCAGAUCACGCUGCUCGUGCGCGGCAUGUACUCGAACCCGCCCGCCUUCGGCAGCCGCAUCGUGAGCCGCGUGCUGAACGACACGGAGCUGCGCAGCGAGUGGAUGGAGUGCAUCAAGACGAUGAGCUCGCGCAUCAUCACCAUGCGCAAGGCGCUGUACGAUGAGCUGGUGGCGCUGAAGACGCCCGGCACCUGGGAACACAUUACCAACCAGAUCGGCAUGUUCUCCUACACCGGACUGAAUGAGAAACAGGUCCAGAUACUGAUGAAGGAGUUUAGCAUCUACCUGCUGAAAACGGGACGCAUCAGCAUGUGCGGGCUCAACGAGAGCAAUGUGGCGUACGUGGCCAAGGCGAUCCAUGCCGCAGUGACCAGGGAAUAGUAUACAGCCGCCCAAUGGUCGCCACGGAGCGGGAAGGGAAGUUAUCUCGGGAGGCCGCAAACGGAAGGCACCCAGCACCCGCUCACCCCCCUAUAAUCUCCCCACAACACUGCUCUGCAACCUGCAUCAGCUAUCCAGCGAUUCACAUUUACGCACCAGAAGAAGCCUUUAAUUUUGUCACGGCAGAGAACGAUUCAUUUGCACUGGGUUUUGCACAUUCACGCUGCGUGAGAAAUAGAGAUAAACACUAUGCCACAUGCCGGCGCGACAGACAGAUAAUUAUUUUCUUUUUACGAACAACGGCCACAACGGCUUAGAAGCAACAGUGCAAAGUUUGCACGCGACACACAGUACAAUACAGUUUACAAAACACCAACCACGAAAACACGGGUCGUACGUAGCGAUUGUUUUUUAUACAUCACUUAGCAUUGUGUAUGUGUUUUCUGUAGUGCGGCGUCGGGUGGCGUGAAGAUAUUCCGAUCGGACCAUCAAAUCGGUUUAGCAUAUUGAAGGCAGAAUUAGAAAAUCGUAGUAAUGCUCUAUCUCAAACAAUGCCCUUAACAACGCAAAGCUGCGCGUUCUUUGCAGCCCCCGCAGCCACAUGUAUUAGGACAAACGGCAUUUUAAGCGUCGGCUUGGCUCGAUGAAACAAUAAAGAACGAUAUUCCGGAAACGAAA